AUCUUGAAACAAAACAAAAAAAUGGCAGAACUUAUCGAACUUGAAAAGCUUUUGCUUAAGAUCGAAACGACAUCAAAAAUAAAUGUCAAAAAAUUAUUGAAUAUAUGGAUUGAAAUCUUUCCACUUGAAGUUUGUAAGGAACAUUUACGUAAAUUGGUAAGGCACGCAGAGUCAUUUUAUACAGAAUUGGUUUCGGAAUCUGAAGAAAAGAAAGUAUUUAUUGAAAGAGAGAUAAAUGAUUUAAAAGACGAAGCUAAAAAUUUACAUCGCUUGCUCAAUAUAGAGGCAGAAUUACCAUGCACCGAUCCAGAUAUUCCAUUAUUAAUGCAACAAUCUGAUUUGGAUAAAAGUUUACAGGACUUGCGUGAGUCUUUGCGUCAGAAGCGUGAAGACAUUCGAGAGAUGUUGCUACAACAAAGGGCACUUUGCGAAGAACUUGGUGUAGAAGCCCAACCAUUGCUGGAAGAUCCAUUACCAACGGAAAAUGAAAUAAAUGAUUUUCGCAAGCAUUUAAAUGAAUUAGAUACUAUUCGCAUGAGUCGCUUAAAUGAUGUAUCUAACUUACGUAAAGAAAUAAAAGAUUAUUUACAAAUACUGCAAUUGGAAGUUAAUACCGACAAUGAAAAUAAACUUUUAAAUCAUCAUCAAAUAAAACUUGAUGAAGAGACAUUUAAUGGAUUGCAAUAUAUGCAUAAACGUUACGGUGCGAAGGUGCAAGAGGUACGUGAGGGUAUAGAUAACAUGCGACAGAGCUUAGAAAAAUUAUGGAAUCUCUUAAAUAUAACUACGAAUACACGUAAUAAAUUUAUACACUUAAAUGACUACACACAAGUUGCAUUUGAUAUUUACUACAAGGAAAUACAGAGAUGCGAAGCGCUCAAACGUCAAAACAUCAAAUUUUAUAUACAACAAUUACGUGAGCAAAUAACGCAAUGGUGGGACAAAACGCUUAAGUCGGAAGUAGAACGAAAUCGUUUCUCUAACUUUAACAAUAAUUACUAUACAGAUGAUUUACUGGUCUUGCACGAACUGGAACUCGAUGAUCUACAAACAUACUAUGAAACUAAUCAAGAGAUUUUUGAACUAUUCGAAAGUCGAAAGAUACUUUGGGAACGUAUGAUGGCAUUAGAGAAUAAAGCUACAGAACCGGGUCGUUAUAAUAACCGUGGUGGACAACUUUUGAAAGAAGAAAAGGAGCGAAAAACUAUUACGACCAAAUUACCAAUUAUUGAACGAAAAAUUACAGAAUUGGUUAAAAUAUACAAAGUACGGGAGCAUAAACCAUUUACUGUUUAUGGUGAAAAUAUUGUAGAUUAUAUGAGUAAUGAAUGGGCUCAGAAACGUCAAGCAAAGGAACAACGUACAAAUACUCGAAAGAAUAUGCAAGUAAAAUCGCAAACACGUGCAAUAUCUAGUAAAAGCAACUCAGUAAUAUCCACGUUGAACUCACCUUUAAUAACAAAUUCAGCAAGGAAAGUAUCUUCAUCGCUUAAGCGUAAACUGCCAACAAUAAAUAACAACGGACUAACUGUUAAGCGUUGUUUAAUGGAAUCUUUGAAUAGUCCAAAUAUUUGCAAAAGUCGUCCAUCAAUUGGUGUGUCUUCAAGAAAAAUGUUAGGGGUUAAUAAUCUGACACACCUCAGUGGUUCGAAUAAAAAACACAAUACUUUGAAGAAAUCUCCCAAAACAUCAUCAAUAGCAACAAGCAAAACCACAGUUAUAUUCACUGACCAGGCAAAUGGUAAUUCUUCAAAAAAUUUUGAGAAGAACAAUAAGUCAACAGAUCACUCCUUUAUGUUUAACACCAGCUCCGGACCAGUUAUAUCGGAAGCUAUUGGAAAGACGCAGCCAACCGAAUCGGAGAGACUACUGACGUUACCUAAUCCACGUAAUUUGACAUACUUUCUUCACACAAAACCUUAAUAUAAAUUAAUU